AUGAUCAGCCGCAGCACCAGUGUUCCGCAGACUGUCAGCCAGUGCGCGAAAACCGCGGAAAAAAGGCAGGAAAGUUUUCUGGUGAAAAAAUGCUUAGCCAUACCGAAAGCUGUCACACCUAUUCCCGACCGAGUAGUCGAUCAGCCAUUAUUCAGUUGUUCGCAGGUGGGCAGGCAAGAAAGUCUGCUGACCGUAGAUGCACCAGUGAUGAGCAGACUGGCAGCCAGAACCCGAAGCGUCACGUCCGGCAGGCUGGACAGCCUGCUGACCGAAGAUGAUCAGCCCGCAGCACCAGUGGAGCGCGGGCUCAUGUGUCGCACUCGAAGCACCACGACUGACAGGCAAGAAAGCCUGCCGAUCAAAGGUGGUCAGCCCGCAGCACCAGUGAUGAGCAGACUGGCAGCCAGAACCAGAAGCAUCACGUCCAGCAGGCUGGACAGCCUGCUGACCGAAGAUGAGCCCGCAGCACCAGUGGAGCGCGGGCUCAUGUGUCGCACCCGAAGCACCACGACUGACAGGCAAGAAAGCCUGCCGACCGAAGGUGGUCAGCCCGCAGCACCAGUGGAGCGCGGGCUGAUGUUUCGCACUCGAAGCACCACGACUGACAGGCAAGAAAACCUGAUGACCGAAGGUGUCCAGCCCGCUUUACCAAUGGUGAGUAGACUGGCGGCCAGAACCCAAAGCAUCACGUCCGGCAGGCUGAAGGGCCUGCUGACUGUAGAUUGUGUCCACAGCUCCAAUGGUGCGCAGACUGGCACUCUGAACACUAUGCACCACGACUAUUACUACUACAAUGGUAGGUCCGUGGCACCAGUCGAGCGCAGAACGUUCAUUCGCACAGGCACCACGUCGGGCAGGCUGGAGAGACUGUUGGCCGGGGAUGGGAGACUGUUGGCCGGGGAUGGGAGACUGCUGGCAGCGAAGGGGUUAGCCAGCAGUACCAGUGGUGCGCAGGCUGAUGUAUCGCACCCGAAGCACCACGACUGACAGGCAAGAAAGCCUGCGGAAGAUGGUCGGCAC